AUGGAUACUUUGCACAACUACAUGGUUAGUUCGCCACUACCAUGCGUAUACUUUGUCAUUUCCGACAAGAAGCAGAUGAAAAUAUAUUCACUGCUGUCGACGUUCAACAAGAGUAGGAACCUGAGCAAGAGCGAAAGAUUUUACCUGAAAGUGGUGGAGAAGGAGAGUAUAAACGAGCCAACAACAAACCACGCAAACUGGUUUGAGAAGGUAGUAGAAGAGCCUACAUGUGUAGUGUACUGUAGCGACUGGCAAAGAUACAAGGUGGAGUCAAGUAAGGUUCUGGGCACGGAAAUUAUAUCAGAUCCAAGUUUAGUGAAUAUAUUGUCGAAGCCACCAGAGUCGGAAAAAAGUAUAAGUAGAGAACAAAGUAAAAAGGAGAAUGAGGAGGAAGGAGAACCUUCGGAGCCGAGCGUAAUAAGAAUAACAAACAAGAAUUUGGAAAAGUUAAUAAGAGAGGACAUAGAAAAAUUUUUGGCAUUGAGCAGGAAAGUAAAUGAAAAUAAGACCGUACCACAUAAAUUCUUACUGCUCGUGACGUUGAAUAAAAACAUAAAAAGCCCGAACAAAGUAAUAGGAGGGCUGAAAAACCUGGACCCAGGAGAAGUGUGCGCAGUGUGCGUGUCGUGCGGAAUGACGGACAUAAACUCGAAGCUGGAGAAGCUGGAGCAGAUGAUAUACGAAACGAGCAUAUCGUACUACGAAAAGAAGAUCAAGAAGAUCACGAAGAGCGUGAUAAACAUAAAGUCGCACAUGAAGGUGACUGCGAAUGAAAUAACGGAGCUGUACUACAUACUGUUGAAUUUUAAGACAGGGUACCUGUCGGAGUUCUUAAGUAACAGAAAGGAAGCAUACAGCAAGUACGCGAUAUGCUGGAGCGCACUGAGGCAGAUGAACGCACAGAAGAGCCUGAUAGAUAAGACGAGCAUGUCGUUCUUCACGUGCCUGAGGAUGCUGGACUACCUGUUUCACACGUCGGACAUCGCGGGCACGUUCACAAUAUACGGAGAGUACAAGGAGUACCUGGAGAGCAUGCUCAAAGAUAGGUACAGAGGGCUGUACUACAACCUAAUGUACCUGGUAAACUACUUCAUAGCAUAUAAGCUGGAGCAGAGCGCGGUGGAAGACGAAAGAAACACCAGAGUUCUGAUGCAGCAGGCAGCUAACUACUACAAGUGGACAGUGAGUUACCUGAUCAAGCUGAGGAAACACAUACUGGAGCUGAGUACCCCAAUGGUAUUGGACGGAGAGAAGAUGUGCAAAUACUACCUGCCGAGUGACCUGAACAACGUGUUCUACUACGAGGACGGAGACUACGGGCACCUGUACGACGAAAAAAAAAACGGAACGGACGAAAUGACAGAAAACGAGUUCGAGUUCAGAGGAGACGCCCUGGAGUUGUUUCAAGUGUUGGAAGAGGAAAGGUUGGAAAGUGAGACGAUAAAGCUGGUGAUGAAGAACUUUAAGGUGUACAAGAACCUGAACCACGCAAACCACAUGCUGUACGUGUACGCACUGCUGGGAGACUCGUUCUACCUAGGAAACAACUGCAGAGAGGCGCUGAAAAUAUACAUAGUGACGCUAAAGCACAUACUCUACAACAUCAACUUCACGCAGAACUACGCAGCACUGGUGAGGAAGUACGGAGUGUCAGGAGAGAGCAAAGGAGAAGGGUACACCAGAGAAAAGUCGAAGAGUAUCCACUACGUCCACGUGGUGAACAUGCUGGUGUACAGCGAGUUGGCGUACACCAACAUACAAAGGGCGCUGUACAUAAAGGUGCUGAGUAAGGCUAUGGUGGCGCUGCUGAUGCUCCUGAACGUGGAGAAAAUCCCGCCGCUGAUGUAUGAGCUGUCGAGUCUGCCGUACAACGACAUUAGUAACCGGAACGUGAACGCAAGUAAAGAAACUUUGGGAGAAAUUAUGGAGGAGGAGGAGGAGGAGGAGGAGGAGGAGGAGGUCAUGAGAGAAGGCAUGACCAAAGAGAGUGAGGUGUACAAGCUGAUCCUGAUAAAGAGCAUGACAACAUUCAUAUCAGUGUACGACGAGGAGAACAGUAUGCAGGAGUAUCUGGAUUACCUAAUAGAGUUCUUCAGAAAAUCUAGAACAAGCCCAGGAAAUGUGACCAACAACGCCGUAGAGGAAGAACUAAAGCACGGUAAUGAAAGUAGUGUGGAUCCGUUAGACAGUGUAACCAAUGACACAGUAUUAAAGUUGGAUAAACAAGGUAUUAUUGAUAAUAAAAUGGAAAAGCAAGAUGAUGUUGCCAGUAAAGGAAAAAAUGAAGUAGAAGAAGGAGUAGUAACCCUGGAGUCGUGUAUACUGUUGUCAAAAUAUAGUAAAAGCCAGUACAUAUAUAAGUACGAUAACGGAAUGAUAGAGAUCAUAGUAAACUUUCAGACGGAUCUGAGUCUGAAGCUUAAAUUCGCAGAAGGGCACCUGGACACGUCAGAAGGGUUGUUGUCAUUUUACUAUAAAACGUCGCAAUACAGCGCAAACACGUUCAUAAUAUACACGAAUCAGUUGAACGAAGAGGAAGAGAGGUUGGAAGACGAGUUGAAGAAGAAGGAAAGGAUGGUAGAGUUGCCGAACGAUAAGAGAAUAAUACUGAUGAUACAAAUGCCGUUUUAUGCAAUAAAAAGCAUAAAAAUAUACGGAAUGAUACUGAAGACGUACUACAGAGAUAAAAUGGUGAUUAACUCAAUAGUGCUGACGAACCAGUACGUAAUAAACAAUUAUUUUAAGAAGCUGUACUACGUGAUAAACCUGGGCUACUACACGAGUCAGCUGCACCUGACAAACCACUUCGGAAACAGCAGAGACGAUAAGGACGGAAAGACACUGGCAAAUUUGAUUAACCUGUCGCUUAACGAGAGCAUGAAUAGAAGGUUCCUGGAGGUGGAAGGGUCCAACGCAAUGGACAUGAUGGAGUUGAUGAAGCUGAUGAACAUGAACAUGAAGAUAAAGAUAUUCAGCAAAAACGCAGUGAGGAACUUUAUCACGCCAAUAACGAUAGUGAUACUGCACAAUAAAAGGUUCCACCACCUGUACAGCAAGUUCGCAUAUCAACUGCAGGUUGAACAUAACGACUUCUACGUAUACGGAAAGGAAGGGGACGAGUACGUGCUGUGGAGAACGAACGUGGUGGAAUUUGAUUUCAACGAGGCGCUAAAGUAUAACGAAGAGAACGAAAGGCCAGAAAACAUAAAGCUGAGUCAGAAGUGUGGAAAAUACAGAAUGUUUGAGUACGGGGAAAUGAAGGACCCGGGAGCGGGAGAGAGGGAAAUGGACGAGGAGAUGGUUAAGUACAUCAACAUAUACAAAAACAACUACAAGGUGCACGUGCUCUACGGCCUUAUGAACGUGAACAACGACAUAGAAAACAACGUUAAAUUCAACCUGCACGUGAAGGACAUGAACGAAGGAGACGACCCUAGAGACAGUCCAAUAAGAGACACAGAAAAGCUGCUGAAGAAGGAAGGGAAGAAAAACAUACUCUUAUACACUAAGAUACUGGAAGUAAACGUAAACAGCACGAUCAACGUGAACGUAAACUACAAGUAUUACAACAACAACAUGCUCCUGUACAUUAACCUGAUCAAUAACACAGAGGUAGCAUACCAGCUGCUUAAAGUUAACAUACUGUACAAUAACUACGUACUAACGGACGACAACAGUAAGCUGCACGGUUACAAGGAGAACGUAAUGGCGAACGAAACUGUUAAUUUUGCAUACGUAAUAGAAGACUAUGAGAAGUAUAACAGGGAAAAGAAGGGAGAAAACACAAUACAGAUACAAAUCACGGAGUAUAUACACCAGAAACUUAACUACCCGUUCAACCAAAUGAAAAACUUUCUGAAAUUCACGACAAACAAAUUUAUAAACCUGGCGGAGAAGAGUACCUCUAAAAUACAGCUGAAAAUGAAGCACAAGUACAUAGCGACGCUGGGAAAGCCAGUGGAGCUAGAAGCGGAGAUAACGAACACGACUGAAGAGACAAUGGAGUACGAAGUAACAGUGACAAGGGAAAAUACGGAGGAAAAAAGAGGGUUUAUACUGCAAGGGCCCCUUAACCUGAGCUUGAUCGCACUGCCGAAGUCGUCAGACACUCUGAAGUGGACGUUGAUACCAACAAGAUGUAAAAUAUUUAAAGUGCCAGUAGUGCAGGUGUUAAACAAGUUGGACUCCACGAAAAAGACGAAAGUAACCUCGAGCACAUCGCAAAUAUACGUAGUCCCGUAG